UUAAAACACACACUCUUCGUUUGCCCAUUGCAUCUUCCUUCUUCUUUCUCGCUCUCUCUCUCUCUCUCUCUUUCUCUGUAGAAUUUCCGAUUCAAGAUGAUGCAGCCUGGACCUGGCAUGGCUCCACCAACCAUGGCUCAACAACCCAACCAGCAAUACCAGCAGCAACAGCAGCAACCUUACAUGAUGAUGCCGCCGCAACCUCAGCCACCGCAGAUGUGGGCGCAAUCGGCGCAGCCUCCGCCGCAAUCGGUGGCUCCUCCUCAACAGGUUCAGCCAACCAGCGCCGAUGAGGUUCGUACUCUUUGGAUCGGCGAUUUGCAGUACUGGAUGGACGAGAACUAUCUCUACACCUGUUUCGCUCACACGGGCGAGGUGGCCUCUGUUAAAGUCAUUCGGAAUAAGCAAACUAGUCAAUCUGAAGGUUAUGGGUUUAUUGAGUUUACUACUCGUGCAGCUGCUGAGAGAAUACUUCAAACAUAUAAUGGUACCAUCAUGCCAAAUGGCGGACAGAACUUCAGAUUGAACUGGGCAACUUUUAGUGCGGGAGAGAGGCGUCAUGAUGAUUCUCCUGAUUACACCGUUUUUGUUGGAGACUUGGCUGCAGAUGUUACAGAUUAUCUUCUGACAGAGACAUUUAGAGUUCGGUAUUCUUCUGUUAAGGGGGCCAAAGUUGUUAUUGAUAGGACCACCGGCCGGACAAAGGGUUAUGGUUUUGUUAGGUUUGCAGAUGAGAGUGAACAAGUUAGAGCUAUGACUGAGAUGCAGGGGGUUCUUUGUUCAACAAGACCCAUGCGUAUCGGGCCAGCCUCUAAUAAGAACCCUGGCAUUCAGCCAAAAGCAUCAUAUCAGAAUCCUCAAGGAGCACAGAACGAGAAUGAUCCAAAUAAUACAACCAUUUUUGUCGGCAAUUUGGAUCCUAAUGUUACGGAUGAUCAUUUGAGACAAGUUUUUGGGCAGUAUGGUGAGUUGGCUCAUGUAAAGAUUCCGGCAGGCAAGAGAUGUGGGUUUGUCCAAUUUGCGGACAGGAGCUGUGCGGAAGAGGCACUGCGGGUUUUAAAUGGUACACUUUUAGGUGGACAAAAUGUUCGGCUUUCAUGGGGCAGAAGUCCUUCAAACAAACAGGUAAUAGUUACUGAUUCAGAUCCAAAUCAGUGGAAUGGUAGUGGUGGUGGUGGAUAUUAUGGAUAUGCUCAGGGUUAUGAAAAUUAUGGUUAUGCUCCUACUGGACAGGACCCCAAUAUGUAUGGCGGUUAUCCUGGCUAUGCAAAUUACCAACCUCCUCAGCAACAGCAGCAAAUGGGAUAUAGUUGAGAAGUUCCGCCCCAAAUUUUCCGUUUUCUUUUGUAAUCCUAUGAUACUUAUUUUCUGUUUCUUCUCUAUUCGUGUCUCGUGGAAAACCAACUUUGCUCCUUUUUAAUUUUGUUUCGUAUGAUUGUUAAACAUUAAUAUUCUAUGCGUUUAAUCCAACUAGUGUUUCGCAUGUAUUUUAAGGUGUUCAACACUUCAAAUA